AUGGCCUCGCCCCUCUUGCUGUCAGCAUCAGGACUGAUAGAAGCUGGGCCCAUUCAGAAUUUCCAGAAGCUGUUGGCCGAGGGCACGAAGGAGGGCACAGUUCAGGGGAUUGAGAGACGUGUGCUGACUGUCCAGCAGCAGGUCCACCUGCAGGCACGGUGCGGCCUGGCGUCUCGUCUGAGAGGACACGUGUGCAGGGCAGGCAGGACCCACGGCUGCUGCUUCCCCACUCGCCAAGGCCCCGUCAGGAGCAACAGCUGCGGCCCUGGGAGCCCACAGUCCAGCCAGGAGGUGCCCCCCUCCCCUCCCCCUCCCCCCUCCCUUCCCCCUCCCCCCUCCCUUCCCCCUCCCCCCUCCCCUCCCCCUCCCCCCUCCCUUCCCCCUCCCCCCUCCCUUCCCCCUCCCCCCUCCCUUCCCCCUCCCCCUCCCUCCCCACCCCCUCCUCCUCCUCCCCCACCCCCUCCUCCCCCACCCCCUCCCCCUCCUCCCCCACCCCCUCCUCCUCCUCCCCCACCCCCUCCUCACCCACCCUGUCCCCCUCCUCACCCACCCUGUCCCCCUCCUCCCCCACCCCCUCCUCACCCACCCCGUCCCCCUCCUCCCCCACCCCCUCCCCUCCUCCCCCACCCCCUCCCCUCCUCCCCCACCCCCUCCCCUCCUCCCCCUCCCCCUCCUCCUCCUCCCCCUCCUCCCCCUCCUCCCCCUCUUCCUCCCUCUCCUCCUCCUCUUCCUCCCUCUCCUCCUCCUCUUCCUCCCCCUCCUCCUCCCCCUCCUCCCCCUCCUCCUCCCCCUCCUCCCCCUCCUCCCUCCUCCCCCCCUCCUCUUCCCCCUCCUCCUCUUCCUCCUCCCCCUCCCCCUCCGCCUCCUCCCCCUCCCCCUCCGCCUCCUCCCCUCCCCCCUCCUCCCCCUCCCCCUUCCCCUCCCCCUCCACCUCCCCCUCCCCCUCCCCCUCCCACUCCUCCUUCCCCCUCCCCCCCCACCCCCUCCCCUCCCCCUCCUGCACCCCCUCCCCCUCCUCCACCCCCUCCCCCUCCCCCUCCUCUUCCCCUUCCCUUUCCUCUUCCCCCUCCCUUUCCUCUUCCCCCUCCCCCUCCUCCUCCUUCACCUCCCCCUCCUCCUCCUUCACCUCCCCCUCCUCCUCCCCCUCCAACUCCCCCUCCUCUUCCAUCACCUCCCCCUCCUCUUUCAUCACCUCCCCCUCCUCUUCCAUCACCUCCCCCUCCUCUUCCAUCACCUCCCCCUCCUCUUCCAUCACCUCCUCCUCUUCCAUCACCUCCCCCUCCUCUUCCAUCACCUCCCCCUCCUCUUCCAUCACCUCCCCCUCCUCCUCCACUCCUCUGCCUCUCACUGCUCUGCCCCUCCCCCCCUCCCCUCCCCCCUCCCCCCCACUCCCCUCCCCCCUCCCCCCUCCCCCCCAGUCCCGUCCCCCCUCCCCCCUCCCCUUCC